UGCCAGCAGCAGCUCGUUCCGUGGCGACGUGCCGGGCUGCCGGGUGCUGCCACCUAUUGUUGCAAAUACAAGCAAUAUUGCGGCGGCUGGGGCGUGCUCGCUCGUCGUCGAAGCGGGCGGGGCGAUUCGCGCGCUCAGCGGGGAACACUGCCACUGCCAGGGCGAGGAUCAAUAUAGGUAGGGCUGGGUAGGUAUGGCGGAGAGCCGGAGUGGGUGUGCAUCAUGGUGCCCAGGCAUGCUCGCGUUGCUCGCACUGGGCCUCGGCGGGGCGUCGGGUGGGCUGAUGUCGAUGUCGAUGGCAGAGAUCGGGGGCGUCGGUCCAUUCCAUGGCACAUGGUGGUGGGGCCUGGUUCUGUCUUGGUUUGUGUGUGAAUGUGGGAUGGUGGGAUGGAGGUCGAGGCCAAGCUUGAAAUUGAAAUGUCGAUCUGCGCACGCGGACCCGGACGGAUGUGCUGGAUGCCCGCGCGGAGUCGAGGUAAAAUGCUGUCGCUGGACCGGCGGAGGCGCAGCAAAAGAGAUCGUUCUCUACCGAAAGAGAGCAAUCUGCAGGUGAGAGACAGGAGAGACCUAUGAAGGAAGAGCCGGGAAAUGACUUG